GCAUGUUUUGGGGAUAAACCUCAACUGUUUCACAAGCUGACACCCUCCUCUCUGUUUCAGCGUUGACAACAGCGAGUACAUGAGGAAUGGAGACUUCUUACCCACUCGCUUGCAAGCCCAGCAAGAUGCUGUCAACAUUGUGUGCCACUCGAAAACCCGCAGUAACCCCGAGAACAACGUGGGGCUCAUCACCUUAGCCAAUAACUGUGAAGUGUUGACCACGCUCACUCCAGACACAGGCCGGAUCCUUUCAAAGCUACACACGGUGCAACCCAAAGGGAAAAUUACCUUUUGCACAGGGAUCAGAGUUGCUCACCUGGCUUUAAAGCAUCGCCAAGGCAAGAACCACAAGAUGCGAAUCAUCGCCUUCGUUGGGAGCCCUGUAGAAGAUAACGAGAAAGACCUGGUGAAACUGGCAAAGCGUCUUAAGAAAGAGAAAGUCAACGUUGACAUCAUCAAUUUUGGAGAAGAGGAAGCCAACACGGACAAGCUGACUGCCUUCAUUAACACCUUAAACGGCAAGGAUGGCACCGGCUCCCACCUGGUGACGGUGCCGCCGGGGCCAAGCCUGGCCGAUGCCCUCAUCAGCUCCCCCAUCCUGGCCGGGGAGGGAGGUGCCAUGCUGGGCCUCGGCGCCAGCGACUUCGAGUUCGGCGUGGACCCGAGCGCGGACCCGGAGCUGGCUCUGGCUCUGCGCGUCUCCAUGGAGGAACAGAGGCAGCGGCAAGAGGAGGAGGCCAGGAGGGCUGCGGCCGCCUCUGCAGCUGAGGCUGGGAUCGCAGCCACUGAGUUUGCCCAGGCGGAGGCGGCAGAAGUGGACAGCAGCACAGCCAUGGAUACCUCCGAGCCCGCUAAGGAGGAAGACGACUACGACGUGAUGCAGGACCCCGAGUUCCUGCAGAGCGUGCUGGAGAACCUGCCGGGCGUGGACCCCAACAACGAGGCCAUCCGCAACGCCAUGGGCUCCCUGGCCUCGCAGGCCUCCAAGUAGAGCAAGGACAAGAAGGAGGAGGAGAAGAAAUGAGGGCGCCGGGCCG